CUUCUUACUUUUCUCAGUCAUGGCUCACAAUGCUCCUUACAAAAUAUGUUUUGUACCCAAAAGCAGAGAAGAAGAGGAAGAAGAUGAGAAAAUCUAUAAGUCAUAUGAGGAGAUUAUUUCAAAACUUCCCACAGUAGAAGGUUGGUCAGGUAAACCAGUCUACCAAUACCAAGGCUUUUGGUACAAUUCUGAUCUUGUUGGUGUUGGACCCUUAGCAGUUCAAAAUCACUUCACUUCAAAACCCACUGACAUUCUUCUUGCUAGCACUCCAAAAUGUGGUUCAACUUGGCUUAAAUCUCUAGCCUUUGCUGUCAUGAAUCGAAAAACCCAUCUUCCUUCAACUCACCAACACCCUUUGCUUACAUUCAAUUCCCAUGAUCUAGUUCCAGUUUUGGAGAUAAGGUUAUAUAACAACAAUCUCAAUGGUAACCAAAUUCCGAACCUCGAAAUCCUUCCAUCUCCUAGAUUGUUUGGUACACACAUGCCUUACACAUCCCUACCACAAUCUAUAACACAUUCAGAUCAUGCGCGAAUUGUUUAUAUUUGUCGAAACACGAAAGAUAAUCUAGUUUCAUGGUGGCAUUUUGUUAAUAAGAUUAGGUCUAAUAUUUCAUUAGAGCCUAUAAAACUAGAAGAAGCUUUCCAAUGGUUUUGUAAAGGAAUGUCUGUAUUUGGGCCAUUUUGGGAUCAUGUGUUAGGGUAUUGGAAAGGAAGCUUAGAAAGGCCUAGAAAUGUGCUUUUUCUCAAGUAUGAUGAGAUGUUGGCUGAACCAGUUCUUCAUUUGAAAAAAAUGGCAGAUUUUAUGGGGUGUCCUUUCUCUUUAAUGGAAGAGAAAGAAGGUUUGGUUGAUCAAAUAAUAAAGUUGUGUAGUUUUGAAAGUUUAAGUAAUUUGGAAGUGAAUAAAGGUGGAACAAGUCAUCUUGGUCUUACUUACAAUGCUUAUUUCAGGCAAGGUAAAGUUGGAGAUUCAGCAAAUUACUUAACACCUGAGAUGAUAGAGCAGCUUGACCACAUCACAGAACAAAAAUUGCAUGGUUCGGGCUUGACACUCUAAAAUAUUUACUAUU